AUGGCGUACCAGAAUCUCAGCAACCCGGUUUUACAGCCCUGGACCUGCUGCAGCAACUGGAGGGAUCAAGGUCUUCAAUGAUAUGGUCCACUCGUAUCUGGACCUGGUGCAGCGAAAUGCCUUUCCUCCGGCUUUCCCUCGGACGAUUCCUGAACGACUCGAAUUUAAUAACCAAAGAGUAUAAAGAAGUGCUGAUGUAUGAAGUUGGCUAUCUGGUGGCUCUUGCCAUAGGCUUGCUCUUCAUUAUCCUGAUGACGUUGGUGGGACUGUUCUUCCCUUGCUGCCGCUGCUGCGGGAACUGCGGUGGGAAGAUGUACCAGAAGCAGACCAAGAGGAUGACCUGCAAGAGGCGC